GUUCGUCGUUCCACUUCCGAUUUUUGGAGCGUGCCUCGCUGGUUUCCGGUUGUGGCCUGGGCGUAAUCCCUUGCUACAGGUGCACUCCAGUUCGGCCGCAGACCACUGGAAAAAACCUGGAUAUCGACUGUUCUGACUACGGCUCCAAGAUGCAACGCAUCGAAGACUAAUUAGAAAAGAGACUGCGGAAAAACGGCUACGGAUAUUUGCAGAGGAAAUGAGCCGCCCACUAUGUACAUAGGAUCGCUGGGCGGAAACCAGAGAGAGAGUCAUGGAAAAGCACCCGAGUCUGUCCCAGCGGAGGGAGCCCACAAAGACCACUUGCCGCACAAAGAAGGGCCUGAAGUGUCUGUCAUUCGAGUUCCAGUGCCGCCUGCUCCUCCAUCAUCUUCUGCUAACGUCGCUGAGUGGCUUGCAUUGCGUAUACGCCACAAGUGCCCUCGGCGGUGGCGGGGCGCUGAGUGCCAGCAACUGUCACGACAUCCACCACGGAUUCGAUGUCUACCCUAAUCCCACGACCCUGUUGCUGGGUCAGUCGACGGACACGCCCCUGGCCGAGGCGGUGCCCCCGUCCGCCUGGAAGUGUUGUUGCUGGAAUGCAAGUAAUCAAGUGGAAGAGGUGGAGUGCCGUUGCGAGGGCGACGGACUUAACCGCGUGCCGCAAACCCUGAAGCUGCCCAUCCAGCGUCUAACCAUUGCAUCUGCGGGGCUGCCACGCCUACGCCACACGGGGCUGAAGGUGUACGGGCCAACAUUGCUGGAUGUGGCCUUCACCGACUGCCUGCAGCUGGAACUGAUACAGGACGGUGCUUUUGCUAAUUUAACUCUAUUACGAACAAUCUACAUCACCAACGCUCCCAAGCUGACCUUCCUCUCGAAGGACGUGUUCCUUGGCAUUUCGGACACCGUGGAAAUAAUACGCAUCAUAAACAGUGGGCUCACCAGAGUUCCCGACUUGGGCCACCUGCCACCUCAUAAUAUUCUGCAAAUGAUAGAUCUCGAUAACAAUCAAAUCACUCGGAUAGACAGUAAAUCCAUAAAAGUAAAGACUGCCCAAUUAAUUUUGGCAAACAAUGAAAUAAGCUACGUUGAUGACUCCGCUUUCUUCGGCUCCAAGAUAGCCAAACUGUCGCUGAAGGAAAACCAAAAGCUCCAAGUGAUGCACCCUAACGCUUUCGAUGGCAUUAUAGACAUAGCUGAACUCGAUCUCUCCAGCACUUCGCUAGUUGGUCUCCCGUCAACUGGACUUCAGAACAUCGAGGCAUUGUACAUUCAAAACACGCACACUCUGAAGACCAUACCCUCCAUCUACAAUUUCCGGAACCUGCAGAGGGCCUAUCUCACCCACUCCUUCCACUGCUGCGCCUUUCAGUUUCCAUCCCGGCACGAUCCUCAGCGACAUGCCCAGCGAAUGCUGGAGAUUGAGAAGUGGCGGAAGCAGUGCAAGAGUGACUCCGGAUCCCGGAAGGAGAGGUCAACCUUGGAUAGUUCCUUCGAUAUGCCAGAGGAUUUCGGUACCUUCGGCAGCUCCGACGACUCAGCAACAAAUAUAACCCCCAUCACGUUCGCAUCCUUCGAUUACAUGGCCGAUGACACCAUGAACAAGGGCACUUUUCACGAGAAGAUCGUCCUGAACCCAGAGGAUGACUCGUCGGCCGAGCUCUGCGGCAAUUUUACUUUCAGAAAACCCAAUAUUGAAUGCUAUCCCAUGCCCAAUGAUCUUAACCCUUGCGAGGAUGUGAUGGGGUAUCAAUGGCUUCGCAUUUCCGUCUGGAUAGUGGUCGCCCUAGCCGUGGUGGGCAAUGUGGCUGUGCUGACAGUAAUACUAUCGAUUAGGCCGGAAUCGACCCCAGUGCCGCGAUUCCUGAUGUGCCACCUGGCCUUCGCCGACCUCUGCUUGGGCCUCUAUCUGCUGCUGGUGGCCUGCAUCGAUGCGCAUUCCAUGGGGGAGUACUUCAAUUUCGCCUACGACUGGCAGUACGGGCUUGGCUGCAAAGUAGCCGGCUUUCUCACCGUGUUCGCCAGUCAUUUGUCGGUGUUCACGCUGACCGUGAUUACCAUCGAGCGCUGGCUGGCCAUCACGCAGGCCAUGUACCUGAACCAUCGCAUCAAGUUGCGUCCUGCUGCGCUCAUCAUGCUGGGCGGCUGGAUUUACUCCAUGCUUAUGUCCUCGCUGCCCCUGUUUGGCAUAAGUAAUUAUUCGUCGACGAGCAUCUGCCUGCCGAUGGAGAACCGCGAUGUAUACGACACCGUGUACCUGAUUGCCAUUCUGGGCUGCAACGGAGUGGCCUUCUCCAUCAUAGCCGUAUGCUAUGCCCAGAUCUAUCUCUCCCUGGGUCGCGAGACACGGCAGGCCCACCAUAACAGCCCGGGCGAGUUGAGCGUUGCCAAGAAGAUGGCCCUUUUGGUCUUUACCAACUUUGCGUGCUGGUCGCCCAUUGCUUUCUUCGGACUCACCGCGUUGGCCGGAUACCCACUGAUCAAUGUUACCAAGUCGAAAAUACUGCUGGUAUUCUUCUAUCCCUUAAACUCCUGUGCGGAUCCCUACCUGUAUGCCAUAUUGACGUCCCAGUAUCGCCAGGAUCUGUUCACCUUGUUGUCCAAACUGGGCCUGUGCCGGCAGAGCGCCUUGAAGUACAAGGACAGCCUCUCUGGACAAGCCACCACCAGAUUCACAAUCCAUGGCUCCAUCCAGAGGCAUAAUUCACUCACUUGCAAAAUGCAGACAGUAAUGGGCGCCGAGACGCAGAAGAUGCUGAAGAACAGCGAGGAUUAUGUUUGAACCGAAGCUGGGUAUUGUGAACACACCUCUUCCCACCCCGUUGUGAUAUAUGAUAUAUACGUGUACUAUUAGUUUACGCUCUCUCCUCAAUUUGCUAUCUGUUGCAGUAUUGUUAGCAUCCCACGAUUAAUGAUAUUUCGAUAUUUCACAGCCAUAAGUUUGUUUACGUUAUCUUGUCAUAGUUAAGUUCUCGUUCCUAAGGUAUGCAGUUUUAGCUAAGAAAAGUAUUGCCUACAGAAUCGAGCUUGUCCCUGGAUAACACCUAAGUGGUUUCCCAUUACAUGUUAUUAAAUGUAUACAUGUACGGACUUGAAACUCUAAAUGUUCACGAAUACUGUUUUGUUGUAUGAAAAUAAUUGUAAAAACCAUUUUAAAUGGAUUAAAUUUCUGUAUAUUGUAUUGAUGUUGAAGAGUA